GGAGCAGGCUCCAAGGAACUGCUGUGGUUUCUCUGCAACGCCUUGCCGUCCCCAGCUGACUUCAGUUUGAGGAACUGACCUGACAAACCUGACGACAGGGAUUUUAAAAAAGUGCCAAAAUCAAUGUUUGUCAGCCUCAGACGGGACCCACUCCACUCUCCGGACCUCUCCCGCACCAGCGUCCUGUUCCACCUUCCCUGCUCUCCCGGGGGCGGAGGACAGCGAUUCUGUUCGUUUCUGCACGGUUCAGUCCAGGAUUGGUUGCUGUGGUCGCAACGGUUUGGGAUCUGGGUGCAACUCUCUGCUGCCCGGGGGACGGAGUGAGCCGGAGAUUACGGGGAGGCUGAACUUCAUCGAGACGGGGAGCAGGCUCCAAGGCUCAGCAUGGACUAUUCUGGAAAUGAUUACUUUUUCAAUACCACUUUCUUUGAAAACUACACCGAUGAGAUCUUAAUUAUGGAUAACAGGACCCAACUGCCAGCAUCUUCCAGCUUGUCCAUCUUUGUCUACGCCCUCACUUUCCUGUUGGGGGUCCCUGGCAAUGGUGCUGUCAUCUGGGUGACAGGCUUCAAGAUGAAGCGGAGUGUCAACACGGUGUGGUUCCUGAACCUGGCUGUGGCAGACCUGACCUACUGCCUCAGCCUCCCCUUCCAGAUGGCUAACAUUGCCCUGGUAAACACCUGGCCGAGAGACAACGUCCUCUGUAAGCUCCUUCCCUUGGCCAUCAUCCUCAACAUGUACGCGAGUGUCUUCCUAUUGACCAUGAUCAGCAUCGACCGCUCUCUGGCCGUCACUAGGCCCAUCUGGUCCCAGACUCACCGGUCCCUGCCUUGGGUGCGUGCGGCCUGCCUUGGGGCCUGGGGCCUCGCCUUCCUCAUGUGCCUGCCCACUCUGCUGACACGGCAGAUGAACAUAGAUUCUGAGCUCGGCUUAAUUUUCUGCACCAUUAACUACGCCGGGACAUAUUUUGGAGACCGGACCAGGGAGUUGGUGGAGGUGACACGGGCCCUCUUUGCCUUCAUCUUCCCCUUCCUCAUCAUGGCAUCCUGCUACCUCUUGAUCGGCCAGAAGCUGCAGAGGGGCAAGUUUGCCAAGUCCAGCAAGACCAGGAAGCCUAUCCGCCUCAUUGCAUUUGUAGUUGCCGCCUUUUUCAUCUGCUGGCUCCCGUACCACAUCUGCGGCCUAGCUCAGGCUUUCUUCAAACAUCAAGUGGCCUUCAUCUGGGAUACGUUGUCCGUGGGCCUAGCCUCCCUCAACAGCGCCCUGAACCCCAUCCUCUAUGUCUUCGCUGGCCGUGACUUCCGCCAGGUCUUCCGGCGUUCCCUGUCCAGCUCGCUCCGUUUGGCCUUUGCUGAGGAGCCAACAGAGUCAGCCUGCAGCACCCACAUCAAGACCAUCUCCAGGACGGUUGCCAGUGUGUGAGGGCUCUCCUUCUGGUCCCCCCAGUGCAGGCUCCUCACUCUGUCCUGCCAUUGGUACCCUAUACUCCAUAUUGCCUUCUGUCACCUCCUGCCAUUAUCACACCCGUUUCACCUCCCUCACUUUGCCUGCCAUUGUUCCAGUCCUACAAGGCCUACUGUUCAAGGCCUAGUGAACCAGAAUCCUCAGCUGAUAGCCAACCACUGAUCCCCACCUCCCCAGCCACCUAUUUGCCAGUGAUCUGUUCAUCCCCUGAGCAACUAACUGAAUAUUUCCCCGCAGUCGCCCGACAGCGUCCUAUCAAGAAAAACUUGCUCCGGUUCAAACGACCCUCUGAGUGAGUCCAGGCCAAGUUGGUUCACCUCCUCUUGGGCCCGGCUUCCUCAUUGCCAUGGCGACCAGAUAGGACAGCUCGAUCGCGAUGUGAUUCUUGAAUCACCCCCCCACCCCACCCCAGCCCCCUCCAUCAGGUCUUUCCAGAGCCUCCCCCACUCCAGGGAGAACAGACGCUGCCUCUCCGGUCUCUCCUUGUAACCGAAACGCUCCAUCCCGAGCAACGUCACCUCCUUUCUGUAGUGUGGAGACCAGAACUGGACACUGUACUCCAGCUGUGGGCUGGCCAAAGGUUUCUGAAGUUGCUCCGUCACCUUGCUGGUGUGAGGAAGAAUGAGAACACAAGAGACGGCAGGCAUUGGAAUGUGGAUCAGCAAAGCAUUUGCUGGAACGAAGUGAGGUUAUAACUGAAGUGAACCAGAGAAGAAAGCCUUCGAUAAACUGUUUGCAAAUAUGUCCUGACUGUCACAGUUCCAAUUAAAAAUCACGUCAUUUCCAGUGUAUUCUCAUGUCCAUAUCUGGUGAGGUACAGGUAUAACGAAAGACUUCUGGGGCAACAGACUCAAAAUGAGGGAACUCAGCAGGUCAGGCAGCGUCUGUGGAGAUGAAUAAACAGUCGACGUUUCGGGCCGAGACCCUUCACCAGGACUGUUUUUCAUUAA